AUGAUUGACGACGUUUUCCCGGUACUCGAGGCGCAAAAGAAUGGUUUCUACGGUGCGCUGAAGAAUAAGCAUUAUAUGCUUUGCGACCUGAUCGUAUCUUGGUCUCUGACGCCUGGAAACACCGACGCACCAGAGCUUGGCCUCAGAAUUGAUGACAGCGUGGACGACUUGUUCUACAUUGGCGGCAGGGAGAGCUUUUUGAACACGCUCAGUAUUCUCAGCGAGGUACUACCGGGGUUGCAAUCGAAUAAGAAACCCAUUGAGCCUGUUAAUUUCGACAAUAUGAAGGAUGUCAUGGCUCGGAAGGGGGUCCCGAAGUUCGACCGCGACCGCGACAUUCUCAAGCAUGUGUUUGAGGAUCUCGCAUUCAUUGACGACCAUCUCGGAAAGAAAGAUCCAUCCGGGUUGAUAGAAUGGCCACAUGUCAUCGAAGACAACCUACUGCGCGGCCUAAGGGAAGCUCGUCAAACUGGGAAGAUACCCUUCUACCUGGCCUUCGCGUCACAGGUGCUGCUUGAUAUUCACCACUAUCUCGGCAAAAAGAUCUCCAAGCCGAAAGACAAGAUGCUAGAUAUCAUGCAAAAGUUGUGUGAUCAGUUCAGCGAGUGUUAUCGGGUGCUCACUACUUUGGACGUGUUCGAAGAAUUCGACGAGUAUGAUCACGAGAUGAGAGAACUGGCCACAGGCUGUCUAGAACUACAAGAGGAUCCCAUUUACAUGGCCAAGCUGGCUUUGCAGAAGAAGAAAAAGCUUGGAAGCGCGGCCAAACCAGAGAAACAUGGCUUUUGGAAAAGACAUCCCAUCGCAUGUGGCCUGCUUCUUUACGCGUACCGGACCACCAUGUACCGCACAGGCAUUCAUUCCGCGAACGUUUCCCGAUCAAUUCUCUGCGCCAUGCAUCUGUAUAACGCUGUGCAGGCUGAAGGGCAACUUCAACAGCCUUGGCCUGAUCUAGAAGCAGCCAUGGCUCUACUCGGGCCCUCUCAAUUCUUUAUCGGGGGCAAAGUCCCAAGAGAGAUGAAAGAGUAUUCCAAGAGUCUCAUGAUGCAGCUGGGCGUGUCGGCCACGAGCUUCAUGGAUCCUUCCAAGCGACGAGGCAAAACUCGGACCAAGGUCUUUCAAGAUGUAUACCACCGUUUGAUCCAACUCAACACCCCGACUUGGAUGGCGUUCUAUGACAGAUACGUCGCCGACUACGGACGAACGGGACCAGGUGCCUGGAGACUAGAGGAUGUCUAUGAGAUCAUCCCCGAGCGUUUCCACUUCCCUGCAGAGGAGGAUUCGAAGACGCCAGAAAAGCCAAAGAAAACCAAGGCCAGGAAGCCGGUACAUCCCGAGGCUAUGGACCCUGCCAGCGUGAUCAUCGACCUUUCCAACGCACUGGAAUAUGAGGCCUACCAAGUGUCCUUCCCUUUCUUCGUUCUUCAUGCUCAAGCAUUCUGGGUGUUACACGAUCUCAGAGAAGACAUCAGGCCGUUCGUCGAAGAUGUUAUCGGACCAGUGGCCAACGAGCUCCGCAAGCCUGCCAUUCCCUGCCACGUUGUAGAAAUCUUGCAGGCUUGCAAAAAUCAUGCGGACCCGGCGCGAGCUCUGUUCAUGUUGCGGCUUUCUGCGGACCAUCUCGAGCGCGUGAUGACUGCGGGGCUAGGCUCGGGCCAGUUUUGGGGUCCUCCCAUCCCAGGUGUGACGUGGCGGGAAGAAGGCGCGACCUGUACGAGAGGCGAGGCGGCCCUCAUGCAUUUCCAAAGGCUUGGGUAUGAUCUUCCUUGGAAAGCAGAACCCACUUUUGAGGAGGAAGAGGAGGAGGAAGAUGAAGAUGAUUGGGUCAUCAAAUUUCGUUGA